UGCAGCGGCGCUGGGGCGGAGAAAGGAGAAGGGGCUCCUCGGAGGAGGCCGCGCCUUCGAGCAAGCGGACGCGGCGCACUCGGCUGCCUGGCCUCACUCCGCAGGGAGGUCCUCGGCGGCGACUGCGGGCAGACGCGCGGGCGGCCCUCGGGGGAGACCGGCCGCGCCCCGCCUUGCUUCCUUCCGAAGGGGAUUUGAAGAAGGGUCUUGGCGCCCCAAGGCCGCGAGGAUGGUCUCUGCCUCCGCCAGGCCUGCGCACGUCCGGGAAGGAGAGGCGUCCGGGGAGAGGUCGCACUGAGGGUUGUGCAGCGGAGCCGGGCCGAGGAGGGACCAGGCUCCCAGGGGCCGCGCAGAGCGAUGCAGCACCCGCUGGAGCUGGGCGCCGCCGCGCACUAUUUCCCCGCCGACCCCUUCGUCGACCACCGAUCGCACCGCUAUAGGAGUUUUAUGAUCGAGGAGAUCCUGACGGACCACCCGGACGCCAAGGGCUCUGCCCCGGCCGGAGAGCUGCUCAAGUUCGGCGUGAAAGCGCUGCUCUCGGCGCGGCCCUUCCACAGCCCCCUAGCGGUGCUGAAGGCUGAGCAGGCGGCGGUUUUCAAGUUCCCGCUGGCGCCUCUGGGCUGCUCAGGCCUGAGCUCGGCGCUGCUAGCGGCGGGCUCCGGGCUCCAGGGCGGCUCGGGGCCUCCUCACUUGCCCCUCGAGUUGCACCUCCGCGGGAAGCUGGAGCCGGGGACUCCGGAGGCGGGAGGCAAAGCCAAGAAAGGCCGUCGGAGCCGCACAGUCUUCACCGAGCUGCAGCUGAUGGGCCUGGAGAAGCGCUUCGAGAAGCAGAAAUACCUCUCCACGCCCGACAGGAUAGAUUUGGCGGAAUCCCUGGGCCUGAGUCAACUACAGGUGAAAACUUGGUACCAAAAUAGGCGAAUGAAAUGGAAGAAAAUAGUUCUGCAAGGCGGAGGGCUCGAAUCUCCCACGAAGCCCAAAGGCCGCCCGAAGAAAAACUCCAUUCCUACCAGCGAGCAGCUGACCGAGCAAGAGCGAGCGAAGGAAGCAGAGAAACAAGCGGAAAGCUUGGGCUCCCCCUGCCAAGUCAGCCAAGAGGAAUAACGGCGCGCCGCAGGCUGAGGCCUCUCGGCGGGAGUGCCUUGCAACACGGAGACUUACGGUACUGCGAAGGCGGCCGCGGCCGAAGCGCCUUGCUUCCCCAGUGAGUGGCCUAAGAGGCUGGAUCCGCGACGCCUUCGAAAUCCUCUCUCUCGCAUCCACGCGCGCCCUGUUGGAACCUCCAGCCAUUACGGCUUGAACUGCAGGCUUGUGCGCCUUGCCAAUCGACUAGUCCUCGUUGAGGCGCUCGCUUGUGCAUACGUGGUUUCUUUAAAAACCAAGUGGAUUGCCUGAUGCGCAAAGAGGAGUAGGCGCUCAAAACAGACGAGGGGCGCGCUACUGACUUUGUUUUUCAGAAGCUGCAAAGUGGAAGAUGGGUGGCAAAAUGGUUAGUGGACUAUUAUUCUCCGUUGAAUGCGUUGUAUUUACUGCGCGUUUGAGCUACCCCCGCCUCCGUCCCUGUUGUGCACACGUAAGGAAAACGUCGCCUUCGCGCUGGGUGGGCGUUGGGUGAGAAGGAUUUGGGCAGAAGGGGGCCUCUUUUUCUUCUUUCGCUGUCUCAGACACGGGGUGGGUUGGGGUUGGGGGUCCCGCAAAUUAUUCGACAGACAGACGCCUUUUACAAUCGGUUUUCAUUAACAUGAAGAUAUUGAUUUUAUUUCAAUAAAGUAUUUUAUGGACGACU